UUACAGCCUUGGAGGAUGGCCAGUUUAGGAGAAAUGAAUAUCAACACUAGUACUGGUAAAUGGCAGCAUGUGGAGGUGAAGGGACUUGUGAACCCAUCCAGAUUUUGGACACAUAUUCAUGCUGAUUCCAUGUUGCCAGAGGACAAAGAAAAAUUGAACAGCAUUGCAGAAGCAUUGAGGAACAGAUUUGAAAAGUGCCUUGUUGAACCUCUAUCUACUAUUCUUUUGAGCCUGUUGAAAGACAAAAAGAGGUGUUUCUUCAAGAUGGUGGCUGUGAGGAAACUGCAUGACCAGUCAUAUCAUCGAGGUGUAAUUCAAGAUUGCUUGACCCCAUCCUCUCUUCCUAUGAAGUAUCGGGUUUUCUUAGUUGACACUGGAGAGACUGUGACUGUUCCUGCACACGAUAUUCGUGAGAUACCUAAACAUUUGCCAAGUUUUCCCCGUCAAGCAGUUUUGGUUCAGUUGCAAAGCAUCAAGCCCCAAACUAUGGAUUAUGUGUAUGAACCAUUCCCUCGCACAAUUUAUAAGAAAAGUGAAGAAUGGGAUCCAGGUGCCUGGUCUCUUGUAACUGGGUUGUUGAAGAAGGCCUCAGCUGUAUGGCUCUAUUCUUCAAAGCAAGAAGGUGAAGUUGAGUUGGGUGACUUGAAGCUGCAAAUCCCUGGAGAAGAUGAUGUUGUCCUUAGUGAAUAUCUCAUCAGGAAGAACGUGGCUUAUCUUGACCUGACCAGAACAAGUGAGGAUCAAGGAUCCAAGACUGAGAAAGUGAAUAUCUUAAAGACUUCAAACAUAUCUAUCGGCCCUGAUAUCACUGAACUUCUUCCCUUGUCAGAGACAUCCAAAUCCACUCUCAGACCUGAGGAGGAAUCAGCUUUGCAAGAUGAUGACCGUUCUUUGUCUUCCCCAUUGUACAACAUUGCUUCAAUGCAGUCCGAUAGCAACACCUUCCAUCUCUCUGAAGUAUUUGAUCUGAAUCUGGGUGCUAGCCAGAGUCAAGAAACUCAUAGUGAGGCAGUAGUAGAAGUGAAGACUCGGCAGGUACCUCAGAAAAAGGGCAGAGGGAAAUGGUCCAUGAAAGAACUUCCUUCAAAGCCAUUAAGGCCUGGUAGCACCAGCUCAUCUCCUGGAGCUCUGAUAGGACAAGGGAAUGUCAGUCCUUGGAGGCAGUCUGGAAAUGAUAGCUCUGACACCUCAGGUAGUGACAUAAUACCUGUGAUUGGAAGAGGGCAUGGGUGGAGUUCUCCAGGAGCCUCCUCACCAAAAAGCUCCAGUGAAAGGCUGUUGGUAAUAGGAAGAGGACAGUCCAUUUCUCCUGGCCAAGAACUCAAGCCAUUGCCCCUACUCAAGAAUCUGCCCCCUGCUUCAAGUGAUAGCUCUGGCACUUCAAAUGUAAAUGUUGUGAUACAACCACAGAAUCCUCUUCCAAUGGUGGGGAUGGGAGAAGUAGCUGAAUGUGAUAGUGUGAAGUCUGGCUCCACCAGUUCUGAAGGCAACUCCCUUUUGAUAUCUGGAAGUGGUUUAAUCUCAGGGGUCCCCCAAAUCCAGCAACCUCUUAACUGGGAACAGUUCAAGAUCAAUCGCAAUCCUGCUGAUUAUGCUGGGAAAGUGAAGUUUGCAUCAGAGAGUUCCACCAUGGAUUCUUACCUUCGGUAUGCUGCUAACAAAAAGAAAUUCAAGGCUCCAGCUCAGGAAAAUAAAGAUUCAGCAGAGGAUAAGCAUCUAGAGAAUGAAAUCACUGGUGAUAUUGGCAUGAGGCAAAUCAAGACAGAGGUGGAGAAUGAUAAGAAACCAAACAUGUUUAUGUCCCAGCAUGCUGCCAUGUUGGCUCUGCAGAUGGCAAAGAAUGCUACUGCUGCUGCAAACAAAAGUUGCACAACUAUUGCCCAAGAGGAGUCCAAUUCACCAAUGCUGAACCUACAGAAACAAGCAGCCAAUGAUACCCCAGAAUCUCUCAUGCUUCACUGUCUCAGCCCUCAAUCUUCGGAAAGGUCUGCAUAUCCAAAACCUCUGAAGGAAGAUGAAAUCAUGGCUGCUGAAGAAGAGGUGCAAUGGGAGGAGGAGCCAAUAGCAUCAUCAAGAAUCUUAUUGCAUGGGGAGACAAUCGUUGAAUCCCGUUUUCACUUUGGUGACAUGGAUGAAUGCCUUCGUGAGCAUUUGGAGGCAAUUGCAAUAAGAAAACCCACCACCAUGCAGGAGUACUUAUGGCCUGUACUUCUGCGGUCCAGGAACACUGUAGCCAUUGGCCCAGGCAGAUCUGGCAAGACUGUGGCAUACCUAGUGGCUAUUCUCUCUGAACUGAUGGAAGGAGAACUUUAUAAGAAGUUGCCCCUUGGGAAGGAGCCAGAAGUGGUGGUGAUUGCUCCAUCCUGGAAGAUUGUACUGGAGAUCCUGGACUUCUGUGAAGCUUUCACCUAUAAGCAUGACAUCAAAGUUUGCUGUGUUGCCUUCUAUGGUCAUAGGAUUAACUGUGAUGUCAAGACAAAGCUUGCAAAUGGAUGCAAUAUUCUCAUCUCCACUCCUCCAGCACUACUUCGACUCAUUUCGUGCAACAAUGGGCGCAUCACAAGCUUGCAGCGAGCAUGUCAUCUGGUGUUUGACCAUGCUGAUAUCUUGUGUACGAAUUUUUACUCUGAAGUGCGUGAAAUCAUCAAUCUUUUCACUGCUGCUAUGGAAUCUCGAGCAAAUCAACUUGUUGCUCAUCAGUUGAUUGCUGUCAGUCGCACAUGGGUCCCACCAUUUUUAGAUCUCCUAAAGGCCUUUGCAAUGCCCCAGCUCAUCAUUUCUUCUCCCAUAGAAGCUUCUAUUUAUGCACGGGUCAAUACUCGGGUGCAUGUUGUUGAUGAUGAGACAAAAGUAUCUUGUGUAACAGACCUCCUAAAAGGCAUCCGAGGUUCAGUGCGAGCUGUGGUCUUCUGCCAGAACCACAAGAUUGCUCACCAGUUAACAAAAGUCCUGAAGAAUGAAUGCCUUUCUGUCCUCUUCCUUCAUGAAAAACUUACUCUGGACAAUCCUCAAAGUGAGUACUGA